AUGGAUAAAGUUAAAAAUUGGUUUCAUCAAGUGGGAGAAAGCCGCACUAAGAAUCCGUUUCAAGAAUUAGUUGAAUUAGCAGCAUCUACAAAGGAUGAGAAGUUGAUCCAUGAUGCUGUGAAUCAAUAUGUAAAUUUCUAUUCUCCUCUCUCUGAUGAAGAGCUUUUGAAUCAACCAAUAUCAAAAGAAUGCAUUGUAUUGAUGACAUUAGUACCAAACACACUUAAUUCAUUAAUAAAUUCAAACACAAGAAGAGAUUUAAUUCAAAAAAGUGUUGUUUUCCUAAAUUCUGCAUCGAUAUUUAUUCCAAAGAAGUCAAACUUCAACAAAUCAUUCAGAGUAAUUCUUUAUUCGAUGAUUGGACAAGAAUCUCAAUCAUAUUUAAACCAAUCCGAAAGAUUACUACUUAACAUGACUAUCAAUACAUCAUUUGUCGAACACAUACUCAAAGAAGAACAUUUUAAUCUCAUUUUACUGACAAAACCUUCAAAUCCAAUUCUUUUCAAAUUUUUACGCAGCGCAAUCCUUAAUUCUUCAAUUUCAUCACUCAAAUCAUGCUUAUACAUGGUAAAUACAAUUGUUUCCAAUAUAAAUUCAAGUCCUCCAGAAAUUGUUUUUGUUAUUGGAGCAAUUUACAAAAAAGCAGUUAGAGUUCCUGAUUUCGAAACUUACUUUUCAAAAUUCAAUACUUUUUGUCUUGAAAUUUCUGAUUAUACUUUUUAUAUCGACGCUGCCAACUCAAAAACGAAUGAUGCAGACAUAAUUCCAGCCAAAUUCAGUGAUCUGAUCAUUGAAUCACCUGAAACAAUGAUGGAUCAGAUUCUAAAAAUAAUUCAAAAAUUUCCAGUUUACGAAUCAACACUUUUUGCAGUUCUUAACCACGUAAAGAACAUGGAACUCGAUUUACAAGAGAGAUAUCUAGAAAUUAUCGGUCAAACAAGGCAAGAAAUACGAAACUUGUUGAUUGCAAAGACAUUUCCACCGUGGAUCUUCGGAUUCAGCUGCAAACUUGUUAUAAACUUUGUUAAUAAGUACAUGAACAGCUCAAUGAACCAACAAUACCUUACUUUUCUGUUUAAUCAAGUAAAAUCUGAAGAAUUGUCAAAAUAUUUUUCAGAUUAUGACCAAUUCCAAGAUCUCUUGAUUGCUAUGCUCAAUAAUGUCAGUGAUUAUGAGGAUGCUUCAUUCUAUUUCUCUAAAAUUUUAUCAAUUUUAUUAAAUGGUCAAGAAAGAGCCAUUUUCACUUUAGAUGGAUUCUGUAGGAUAUUUCCAAUCGUUACAUACCUUGAUUUAUUCCUUUCUUCGUUAGAUGCCAUAAAUAAUUUGAAAUCUUUCGAACCAAUGAUGUCAAAACUGCUGAUUGACACUCCUGAGAUGAGAGUUUCUCUGAUGAUCAAAGAUUUCAUUCAAUGGGCCAUAGACAACCAGAAAUUAGACAUAAUUGCCGCUCUUUCUAUGGAUGGACCACAUGAAAUCAUUGACAAAUUAAUAGAAAAGUCAGAUAAACUGUCAAACCUCUCUCAAAAACAACUUUUGAAGUUAACUUUCGCUCAAUUACAAAAUUCAGAGGAAAACUCAUCUGCAACAAUCAGAAUACCUUCUUUAGUACCUAAACUAGACUCAUUGACCUUCAAUACCCUGUUUGAUAGGUAUUCCGCAGGUAAAUAUCUGAUUGAUAAUAACUUAAUCUCGUUUGACUGCAAAUUACUACCUGAAAUCGGAGUUCAAUACAUCAGUGAGAAAUUUGCGGAGAUGUCAAUCGAUUUUCCAGAGAUUUUAGUCAAAUUAACAAAUCCAGACUUUCCACACACUUCUGUCAUCCAAUUUCAGGAAGGAAGGGAGAGUUCUUACAUAACUGUUGGACAAGUUCCAUUGACAUUCUACUUCAGAGUCGAUGAUUAUAAAAAUCCGAUAAAUUUAUUUAGCGCUGGAGGCUUUGAUUUCAAGUAUGAGAACGAGAGCUUGAUAGUCAAUGACAAGCCACAGACAUUGCCGCUAAAUAAAUGGCACAAAGUCUCAAUUUCUUUUCCGGACGAUUGUUUAAGUUUAUCCAUCAACGAUGUAAGGGUUAUUUACACUCCAAUGAAGUCCAAGAAGGCAGUUACAAUCAUCGGAUCCACUCUAAACUCUCCUGGUUCAACAUUUUAUCUGAAAUCCGAACUAGAACUUUAUGAAACUACUUCGAAUCCAUUUGGUAAGAAGGAAUUAGUGUCUUACCAACCUGGAAGUGGAAUUUUGAAUAUUGAAUAUCGUGGUAUUUAUUCAUUUGCUCCAACAAUCAAUCUUGUACCUAAAAUACUUGAGAAACUGAUGGAUGUACAAGAUAAUGAGUCAUUUACUCUCUACAUCGAAAGCCUUUUGAACACAUCAUUAUUAGAAUGCGUUUCCUUAACGAUGCAGCACUUUUUAGGACUUCUAAGAGUGAUAUUAUCACAGAAGAUAGACAUGUUGUCCUUCCAAAUUGUUAAAAUGUGCUUUGAUUUCUGUAAUAUCGAUGGAACAAUGAACUGGGACAAUUUCAAAGAUUUAUUUUUAGAUUACAAUAUCUGGACAAACGGUUUCAGAUUUGUUUCUUCUUUAAUUCCUUUCCUAAAAGAAUCUAAGCGUGGAAUUAGGUAUCCGAAGGAAGCAGCACUAGUAUUACACUUCUUCUUCGACCUAAUAAUGCAUUGCGAAGUAAGCGAUGACGAUUUGGAAGACUUAAUAAUUGAUAUGUUGAAAUCCAACUUAUCUCCACAGAGUUCUGUUGUUGUUUACAUAAUUUCCAACGAAAACAACAGGUUUGUAACAAAGAUACUUGAAAAUAUCCCAGAAAUUUUGUCUUCUAUUUCAAUUCAAUUUUUGCCAUCGUUAUCUUUCGAAUUACAAGUGAAAUACAUAUACGAAUACGCGAAGAUAUGCACAAGGAAUGACUCUAUAUUCUCUCAGAAGGAAAUAGACAACAUGAUGCCGAUUCUUCAAAAUUGUAUUUUCGAAACUCAGUUUUGGGUGGCAUUAUUCACAUUAUUGACAAACAGAUUGUGCGAUACAAUCGAGAUGUAUGCUCUGGCACCAAUACAACGCCCAGAUAUGCUUCAUUCGAUGAUUCAAUUUAUUUGUAAGUUAUUUAGAUCUUCUGAACACGAAGAACUACUUAACAUGAUUGUACUAACUCUCUGUUCGAUGAUCAUGGCUACUCAAAAGCUUCCUUUGGCGAAUUUCGUGAAAGAUAUUCGAAAUUUGUUACAUUUCGGAGUUUUGACGAGUAAAACAAACCAACUACCAAUACAUUUCACUACAUACGAGAAUUGCAGGAUGCCUUCCGAAGAAAUUCCUGCAGAAAACCAAAAUUUGAACAAAAAUGAAAAUAAUUUAUCAGAUUCAUGCUUUAAAGUACCGAAUUCCGAAGAAUUCUUGAUCUUUGAUGAACUAUGGUUCGGUCUAACACCAACGCCAUUCAUCGAUGCUUGCAAUAACCAAAUAAAUUCUUUGGUAAAUCAAAAUCAAAAUUCCGAAAAAGUGACAGAUAAAAGUGACACCUCAAUUGAAUCGAACAGAGUUUUAGAGUCACAUUUAUUGCAAUCAAUCAUCAGUAUUGCCGUAGAUCUUCUUAAAUCCGUGAAAGGAAAGCAAUUAACUUUAGUUUUGAAUGAUCUUUUAAUUUUCGGCAGUGAUGUUGAUCCAAACCUUUCAUUGAUGCUCCACCAAUCCGUUCUCUUGAAGUACAUGGACGAACUCCCUGUUUCUUACGAAGUUUUGAAAUUUAUAAAUAAUUUUGUCAUUUUGGGAUGGUGGGAGCACAAUUUGACAACAUUAUUCAACACUGUAUGCAUGAGUUUCUCAAGAUACACUGGUUUUGCUGAAAAUAAAGACUAUAAUCAGAGAUGGACCGCAUUUGGCAAUUUGGUGAUGUCAAUUCUAUCUCUUCAGACAGAUAUUUCGUCAUUUAAGAUCCAGGAGAACUUAUCUGUUCUGUUUGGAAAGGAAAUUCUCAUGAACCAGAGUUAUCACCUUUUCUGGCUUUAUUUCUUCAUAAAUAACAUACUCAACGUACCAAACAUCAACAACAUCUGGUCGAAUUUCAUGAAUAACAUGAGUUUGAUUGAUAAUUCAAAAUUAUUAUUAAUUUAUGAAGGAAUUUUCAGCCAAAACGAGUCAGUUUUCGACAAGAUGCAGGAUAUAUACAUCAUGACAGCCAGAUUUACCCAGAAUCCGCCAGAAUUUGCUGAAUAUCUCAACAAAAUCAAGGCAAAAACCUCUCAAAUUUACACAAAAUUCGCUAUCGCAACAAAUGAGAAACUACAGGAACUGAAUUCAAAGAUUGUAAACCUCAGAAAUUCAUAUAUUUCUGAAUCUGAUAAUAUUCUGAACCAAAAAGCGGAAAAACUACAAGAGAACUCUAAGAAAGUCAAAGAAUCAUUAUUGUUGAUAGAGAAAUUCCAGUUCCAAGCACGAUUUGACCUUAUUUCCCACAAAAAAGAGAGAUCUGCCUUUCAUUUAUGGUGGAUUCUUCCGAAACUACCAAAUGGAAAGUACCAAUUGUGUCCUACAGUCCAUCCGCUGUCAAUUCCGAUGUUGUUUGUGCCUUGUUCCUCGAAAAUUAACUUUAAUAACAUAAAUGACUAUUUCAACUACGAGAAAAACAAGACAUUCUUCAAGAUCGGCGAAUACAAUGUCCAAAACUCAAACAUACCUCCUACAUUGAGCAGAUUUGUAUCAAUGCCGUUCUUUAACAACCAAAAUUUGACUGAUUUCAUUUUCAGAAGCAGUUUCAGCCACUACAAAGGAAUUAGAGAGUUCAAAACCAUCACAAUCGUUUACGGAACGAAAAGAGUCACUUGUGCACUGAGUUUUGCCGAAAAAGGAUAUUAUAUCAUCACAGAAGCUGAAGGAACGCAACAAGGCAAGCUUAAACUCAUUGAAAACCAGAGUGACAUUGCAACAACGACGUUUUUGGACUCCAUUUCCUACAAAUAUUACGGAUCUUGUUCAUUAUUCUUCGGACAUUGCGUUCUUUUCAUGUCUGACAAGCAUGUAGUUAACUGCGUGAAGAGAAACUACUGCCACGAACCAGUAGCCGUCGAAUUAUGGUUCUCAAGAGGCUAUUCUCUCUUUUUUGUUUUUGAUAAGCAACAUGAUCGUGACGGUUUCAUUGAAAAUGUUGGUCACAGAGAGUUUUUCCCUAUUUCGGAUUCAUUCUUUGGUCCAACAUAUUCAACAAACGUCACUAAAAUAGUUAAUGACAAGAAAUUGAUGAAAAAGGUAACAGAUGAUUGGGUUCUUGGCAAAAUAUCCAGUUUGACGUAUCUGGGAAUCCUCAAUUUCCUUUCUGACCGUUCUUUCUCCAAUUUCUGCCAAUAUCCAGUUAUGCCUUGGAUUAUUAACGGAAGAGACUUAUCAAAACCAAUUGGAACACAGGAUGAACAGAGAUUCCAGUCAUUCCAACAGACGUACGACAGUUCCGAGCCAGAUUACCAUUAUUAUGGAAGUCAUUAUUCUUUCGCCGGAGUUGUUAUGCACUUUUUGUUGCGAGUUCAGCCAUUUACUAACUUGCACAUUGAGUUACAUAAUGGAUUUGACCACAGGGACAGAUUAUUCCACGAUAUCGACAACGAAUACUUAUCAUGCAGUUCAUUGUCGAGUCAUAACGUCGAAGAACUCAUUCCAGAGUUUUAUGUUCUACCAGAAUUCCUCGUAAAUGUCAACAACAUUCCAUUGAAAAUUACAUCAUCGAAUAUUUCUCAAGAUAAAGUGAUUUUGCCUGAGAAAUACAAGAACGAUGUAGAUUUAGUUUGGUCGUUGAGAAGAAUGUUGGAUGAAGUUGACAAUUUGGAGAAAUGGAUUGAUUUGAUUUUCGGAUAUAAUUCAAGAGGAGAAAACGCAAAAAUACAGAGAAAUCUGUUUUAUCCAACAACAUAUGGAAUUAAAUCACAAUUAAUUGAUGACGACGCAGCGUUUGAACAGAUGAAAAGAUGCUUCGGACAGACACCAACACAGUUAUUCACUGAACAACAUCCUCCAAGAAACACAGUCAAUUUCAAGAGAACUGUUUUGUUGGCGGAUACUGACGCAGUAAUGAUGCAAAAAGUGAAUGUAAAAAGUGACACUGAAUUGAAAGAUGCUAUUAUUAUACAGUACAAAGAUCAUUUGCAUGUUACAUCAUGUACAACUUAUUUCAGUAAUUUAAUACAUUCAUCUGUUUUGUAUUACACAGAUGGAUUGAUGAAUUGGAAGUGUAAUUUGAAUUCUUUCAUUUGUUCCGCAUUUUCUUUCGAAAAAUUGUUGUUUUGCGCUUCUUUAUCAAGAGGAUCAAUGAUCAUCUUCAGAUGCCAAUGCAACAAGAGUGGAGAAAUCACAGGAUACUACACUCUCUCAACAACAAAUCCAAUCCCAUCUCAAUACCUAAUUACAACAUCAUCUUCUCAAAAUACUUCCUCUUCAAUUAAUACAUCAUCUUCUCAAAAUACUUCCUCUUCAAUUAAUGCAUCAAGUAUUGAAAAUAAUUCCUCUUCAAUCAAUACAUCAUCUUCUCAAAAUACUUCCUCUUCAAUUAAUGCAUCAAGUAUUGAAAAUAAUUCCUCUUCAAUUAAUGCAUCAAGUAUUGAAAAUAAUUCCUCUUCAAUUAAUGCAUCAAGUAUUGAAAAUAAUUCCUCUUCAAUCAAUGCAUCAACUUCUCAAAAUAGUUCCUCUUCAAUCAAUACAUCAACUUCUCAAAAUAGUUCCUCUUCAAUCAAUACAUCAACUUCUCAAAAUAGUUCCUCUUCAAUCAAUACAUCAACUUCUCAAAAUAGUUCCUCUUCAAUCAAUGCAUCAUCUUCUCAAAAUAGUUCCUCUUCAAUCAAUGCAUCAAGUAUUGAAAAUAAUUCCUCUUCAAUCAAUGCAUCAACUUCUCAAAAUAGUUCCUCUUCAAUUAAUGCAUCAAGUAUUGAAAAUAGUUCCUCGCCGAUCAGGAAUUCUGAUGAUGAAAAUAUUGAUAUAAUUCCUUUGUGCUGCUGCAUAAGUUCUCAUCAUUAUGUUACUGGAGAAGUUAUUGGAAAGAAGUUGUACACAUUCCAUGUUGGCACAGGAUUGAUGAUAAGAUCGAUUGAAUUGAAAUCUUCAUCAAAAGCAGUUUCAGUUGUAAUUGAUGAUUCAUUCGGAUGUUUCAUUGUUUUCUGCGAAUAUUCAGUUGAAGUUUGGACAUUGAAUGGAACAUUUGUAGGAAUGAAAGAGUUCAAAUCUAAAUGUCUAUGUUGUUGCAUCGCUUGCAAUGAUGUUGAUUCAACAUCUGCAUCUUGUCAUGAUGAUGGUUUCGUCAGAUUGUGGAGAUCUGAUGCUUCCAAAUCAGAAAUGACAAUGAUUAAAGAGAUAAAAGUUCCUUUCAACGAUGCUGUAUCAAUGGAACUUAUCAGAGGAGGAUCUUUGUUGUCAGUUGUCUCUUCCUCAUCUGUUGGAGUAAUUUUGGCUGCAAGAGGAGCUGGAACUGGAACAAUUUCCAACAAAUUGCCUUCAGAAUGCGCAAAAUGCGGAAGCAAAGGCAAAUUGUCUGAAUGCCAGAGCUGCGGUUUGUAUUAUUGCAGCCGCUGCUCAAUGAACAAUGCUGGAACAAUCUGUAAAGAUUGCCUGAAUAAGAUAGAAGAAUGCGCUGAUAUUGAUUUUUAA